UGCCCCCCCCCCCCCCCCCCAGCCAGGCUUCUCCUGCUCCCCUUUCUCUCUCUCUGUCGUCGUGUGGCUGGAGCAUCCGUCUGAGUGAAAGGACUCCUGGUGGAAUAAGAGCACGGUGGUGGAUCCCAGCACGGCGCCUCCACGGGACCCAAGAUGUCAUGGCAUCCGACAUACAAAAGCUCAAAGUUUCGGAAUGUGUAUGGCAAGGCCGGCAACCGAGAGCAGUGUUUUGAUGGCAUUCCCAUCACCAGAAAUGUCCAUGACAACCACUUCUGUGCUGUCAACGCCAAGUUCCUGGCAAUUGUCACAGAGACUGCUGGCGGAGGGUCCUUUCUUGUCAUUCCUGUCAACAAGCCUGGGCGAUUCGACCCUCACCACCCUAAAGUAUGUGGCCACCAGGGAGGCGUGCUGGACAUCAAAUGGAACCCCUUCACUGACAACAUCAUUGCUUCCUGCUCAGAGGACUGCUCCGUGCGGAUUUGGGAGAUUCCUGAGGGAGGGCUGAGACGGAACAUGUCCAAGGCGAUGCUGGAGCUUUAUGGACACAGCCGACGGGUGGGCCUCAUCGAGUGGCAUCCCACCUGCUGUGGCCUUCUCUUCAGCGCUGGCUAUGACUUUAAGAUCUUGAUCUGGAACCUGGAAGAAGGAGCCCCGGUGAAGAUGAUCGACUGUCACUCAGACGUGGUGCUGUGCAUGUCCUUCAACACCGACGGCAGCCUGCUGGCCACCAGCUGUAAGGACAAACACCUGCGUGUGAUUGAGCCUCGCUCGGGCAGGGUUCUGCAGGAGGCUGACUGCAAGAGCCAUCGGGUGAACAGAGUGGUGUUUCUGGGCAACAUGAAGCGUCUGGCCACAACAGGGGUCUCACGGUGGAACACAAGACAGGUGGCGCUGUGGGAUCAGGAGGACCUGUCUAUGCCCAUCAUAGAGGAGGAGAUUGACGGCCUGUCUGGGCUGCUUUUCCCUUUCUACGAUGCUGACACACACAUGCUCUACCUAGCAGGGAAGGGAGACGGUAACAUCAGAUACUAUGAGGUCAGCACAGAGAAGCCCUACCUGCAGUACCUGAUGGAGUUCAGGUCCCCGGCUCCUCAGAAAGGUCUGGGAGUGAUGCCGAAGCACGGGCUGGAUGUGACGACCUGCGAGGUAUUCCGCUUCUACAAGCUGGUGACUUUGAAGGGCCUUAUUGAACCCAUCUCUAUGAUAGUUCCACGGAGGUCUGAGACAUACCAGGAGGACAUCUAUCCAAUGACAGCCAGCACAGAACCAGCCGUGACUGCAGAUGAGUGGCUGAGCGGAAUAGACAGAGAGCCCGUGCUGAUGUCCCUGAAGGCUGGUUACAAGCGGCCCUGCCGGACGGCCUUCAAGGCUCCACGGAAGGGAUGGAAGACCAUGGUGAAUGGCCUCGACCUGUUGGAGAGCAUUCCCCCCAAGACAGAGAACGAGCUCCUGCGGAUGUUCUUCAGGCAGCAGGAUGAGUUGAAGAGGCUGAGGGACGAGCUGGUGCAGAAAGACGUCCGAGUCCAACAGCUGGAGCUGGAGCUCAACAACCUGCGAAACGCCAAAAACAUGUGACCUUUGACCUGGCUGACCUCCCCCUUCCGACCCACGAGCCGGAGAUAUCCUUCACCUCUUCCAGAAGUGUGCACUCGGAUGUUAACUCCCUAAGCUUACAUUAACCUGGUGACCUGGCGCACACUUCAGAGAAAAAGUCAACCCCGAACACUGCCAAAAAUAUACCUAGAAAAGCCUCACCUGGCUGCUUUAUGACAUCCAAUCACCACUUUCCAAAGAUGUUCCCCCUCUUCAGCAAUAGCACCCUAGUUAGUCAUUACUGUGUCUCCAUUUAGCCAAUGUGACACUGAGGUAUGCUAGCUUGGCUUAGAAUUGAACAGUAUUUCGUAUGGGAGGAGUGGGAGCCUUGGGAGAACUGCUACUAGAUGUGAAAUAUCAUAUCUUGCUAUUUACUUUGAAGUGAGACUUGUGAGACAUAAGAGUUGUACAGCGUUCAUAGGGCAGUGUGUACCUUGCAGGCUCUCCACUGUUUGUAUGAGAAAGGAGAUGGCUGAAAAAGGUGUGGUGACUAAGCCUAUUUAGAUAUAUGGCUCAUUUGGUACUAUUCAUCCCAUUUAAUAAAACAUAUUUGAGUAUCUACAAAAAAUAGUAUUUACAUUGGCAGUUUUGCAGGUGCAAAUUAGGCCCAUAUGCUAAUUUAAAGAAUGUGUUACACUAGAUAAAAAGCACAAAUCAACACACCAAAGCCAUAAUGACAACAGGAAAUGAUUGCAGCAUUCCCAAGGUUGAAGGGACAACUGAGAUUUGUGUAUCUCAAUCACUGAGGGAUGCACAUCCCCAGCUAUUGUCUGUAUGAAGUCUGUAGAGAUGCUGAUGAUGCAUGUUGUAUGAUCAUGUCUUGUGUGACUGUAAAACCAAACUAGCCCUGACCAUAAAUGCUUGUAAUUUCACUGUAAAAACAAACCAAAACAAAUCCCUGUAACCACAACAAUAAUGAAAAGUAAUAUUUAUAUUGUUCAAGAAUGAUGGCAGAGUGUAUGGUUUCACUUUAUUUUUGAAGUCACAAUUUCUGUCUGUAGAUUCCAAGUAUUAUCGUAGAUAGUAAUAUUAUCAAAAACCUUUUAACAAACUAUUUUCUGAUAAGCAACUGCUUGCUAAGGUUUGGGUUACGUUUAUAAGAAUGUUUAGGGUAAGGGUUAAAGUUAGGGUUACGAUAAAGGUUAAGGUCAGGGUUAGUAGAUAAUUAGUUCAAAUAUUACUGAUAGUCGGUAGAUAAUAUAGAGCUUCUACAGACACACUUUUGUGACUCUCAAAAUAAUGUGAUACAGAGUGUAUUUAUUGCAAGUUAAGAAAAAUUAUACAUGCAGAGACUGGAUAAUCUCCUUAGGAAUACAAGCAGCAGUGGGUGUUAGUAGUUCACUACAAAUGACUGCUAAUGUCAUUUCUUAAUGUCUUUAAUAUCAUCUCAAAUAAUGUAUUGGAGCUUUUGUCUACAACUUCCUGACACUAAAUACAUUUUCUGACACCCUAAA